AUGGCCUCCUUCUUCAAACGAUACGCGCCACUGUUGGUCAGCGGCCUGGCCGCCGCCCAGACAGCCAUCGAGGUCAACCUCGCCACGACCUACCAGACCAUCGACGGCUUCGGCUUCUCCCAGGCCUUCGGGCGAGCCAGCGAGUUCCAGGCCCUUGCGGCCGCCCCGCAGAAGCAAGGACUGGACCUCCUUUUCGACACCACCGUCGGGGCCGGCAUGACCAUCAUCCGCAACCGCAUCGGCUCCAACGGCACGGGCGACAGCAUCGAGCCGACCAGCCCCGGCUCCCCGACCGCCAAUGCGACGUACGUGUGGGACGACAACGACGAGGGCCAGGUGUGGUUCAGCCAGCAGGCGAUCAGCUAUGGCGUGUCGACCAUCUAUGCGGACGCCUGGAGUGCCCCUGGGUUCAUGAAGACGAAUGGUGAGGAUAUUGAUGGUGGGUAUCUGUGUGGCACGACGGGCCAUACCUGCUCUUCUGGGGACUGGAGACAGGCGUAUGCAAAUUUUUUGGUCGAGUAUAUCAAUUUGUAUGCUUCGGCGGGAAUCCCCAUCACAUAUGUUGGGUUUCUCAAUGAGCCGGAUCUAACCACGUCAUACUCCUCGAUGCUCAUCACAAUCUCCAACCCUGUCGAGGUCACCUCUUUCGUCCCCAUCCUCUACGACACCCUCAACUCGGCCGGCCUCGGCUCCGUCACCAUCGCCUGCUGCGACAUGACCGGCUGGAGCGACGCCCAGGCGGUCACCGCCGCCCUCGCCGCCGCAGACAGCAUCAGCCCUUAUAUCGGCCUGCUCACCAGCCACAUGUACGGCGGGGACCCGACCUCGCUCAUCGACAGCAGCCUGACGGACCUGCCGCCGGUGUGGAUGACGGAGGGGGCCGACCUGAGUGAUGCCUGGUGCACGACGUGGUACAGCUCAGGCGGGCUGUGCGAGGGGCUGACCUGGGCCGAGAAGAUCUCCACGGGCAUUCUCUCGGCCAACCUGUCUGCGUAUAUCUACUGGGAAGGGCUGGAGGUCGACGAGCCCUCGGCCUCAAGCUACCUCGUCGCUGUGCUAGACGGCGAGACGGCCACCGCGUCGGGAAGGCUGUGGGCGUUCGCCAUGUGGAGCAGGUUCAUCCGCCCCGGCGCUGUUCGUGUCGGCACGUCGGGAACCAUUUCGAACGUGGCCAUCGGGGCCUUUGAGAAUACAGAUGGGAGCGUCGUGGUGGUCUUUACCAACUCUGGAAGCACCACUUCGUCCGCGGCCGUGUCGUUUAGCGGGUUCACGCCCUCGGCUGCGAGUGCCUGGCUGACGGACAACACGCACUCGGUCAACUCCACGACGAUCACGCUGUCGGGCGGUGUGGCCACGGUGUCUCUGCCUUCGUACUCGGUCGUGACAGUCAAGCUGACGGGUGCUGCUGGGGGAGGAGGGGGCACGACGACCAGCAAAAUGUGGCGGUAUAGGUUGGACUGGGGCAACGUGUUGCUCUUCUGGGACCUGCACGUUUGA